AUGCGACAUGUUGAGGGAUUCUUGGGACAUGCUGAGCUUUCCAUAACUGUGUUGACCUUGAACGUGGGACGUUCAUGUUUAGGGGGCGACAUUGACAGCGAUAUUCCAACAGAUCUUCUGCUGUCAUGCGGCGUUUACAUCCCCUUUCGGGAGUUUGCCGAGUUCCCUCGACGGGAAGAUCAUGUCAACGAAUUACAGUCUGUCGCCAUGUUGCUUAGGGUCGUUUGCAAAAACCACAGACCUUGCUGGGGACUUGGUAGUGUCAUCAUUGGAUGUGUACUGUUUCUUGGGUUGAUAGCGAGGCUUGGUUCGGCUACGAAGCCAUCGCAGCGCAUACCUGGGGUGUGCCGCUCGAUCAUAAGAAAAGUUGAAUCUUUCACCGAGUCGAAACUCCAGAGCUCAUUGGUGAACGUCAGAGGAGGCUUAUGCACGUGGUUGCAACUGAAUGGAUGCCAACAAUACAAGGUGGUAUUCUCACCGAUUUACAGGAAAUCGUUUCGCACUGUGUACGUCCAUGGCUUCAUGUGCUGCGCUGGUUACCGGCGGCAAGGGAACGUGUGCGUUCCAGAAGGAUCAAUAACAGAUUCCCCUAGUCCGACUCAAGAUGUUCCAGAGGGCGCACUCCCAACAAACACGCCCGGAUCCUCGCCCGGACUCACCGGAGUCUUUCUCACUGUCGGUCCGGAUCGCACCUCACCCUCCAACGUCCCGCCCCGGAUUACCAAGUACCCUGACUCCGGCCACACCCCUCAGCCGGAUCAGAAUCCGCCCCACGGACUAAUUGACAUGAAACUUCUCAUCAUCUUACUGGUGCUGAUCCUUUUGAUAGUCUUGUUUGCAGUCGCUAGUUACGCUGCUCACUUCGCCAAACACAUACAGGGUGGCAGGCCGGUGUGUUGCAUGGGAGGUCCACGUGUGCCAAAGUUAAAUAAUGGAGAAAAUCUCAUCGAAGAAGAAGCAAGCCAGAUAAAUUGCGCUAUCAGUACAAUAAGCAAAGAUUGCAACGACGACAGUUUUCGUUCCGGUCUUUCCGAGCGUACCCAACGUUCCGGUUCCGACCAAUCCGGUCAGUCCGGCAUGUCCGAUUGCAGCGGGGUGACCUUCAUCGAUGACGACGACUCUGGAAUCGUCAAGCACGUGGUGUACGAAAAAUGCUGGAAGGACACGACAAGUCUAAUCUCCAGCACCUCCUCCUCGCUGUCAUCUCAGAAAUACUCAACAGAAUCCGGCCGAGUGUCGACUUUGACGCAAAAGAAAUGCGCUCCGCUACACAACCUCCCUCAUACUCCAAAGACGAGUCGACCUUCCCCUCCCAUUCCUUGUCGACUUGACGUCACACACGAUCAAACUCCACGAUCUACCAACUCGACCCUCCAACCAUCUCAGCCUAAAUACUCGUCCCCAGUCCGCCAGCAGCGUUCCCCGAGCCCCUACUCAUACACAUCCCUGGAGAAAUCGAAACAUUGGAUGAAGUCAUCCCCGAUCGAAAUAAUCUCGCCCCACAAAGACACCGAGUCCUUGAUCCUGGAGGAACCCGAUGAUGACGUCACCAUCGGAGACGCAGCAGUCCGAAAACACAGCCCGACCUACGUCAACGUCAAGUUGGAUAACAAGAGGAAAAAUGCACGCCCAGUCUACGUGACCCUUGAACCCGACGCGGUCAGCGUUGCCUUGGGGACCGAGUGCUACGAAGACGACGAUGACCCCUGGAUGAUGUCACAUUCACCGGCAUCCUCAUCAAUAGGCUCGAGUGUCGGCUACUGCUCCCUGUCUAACCAGAUUCUCCCGCACCGGGUUAGCGGGAACGGCUACGACAAGCUAGAGCGGCACAGGCAGAACUUUCCCGUAGUUGCGGAGAACUGCCCACCGGAGUACGCGGUGCCCUCCGUAGGUACCUCCACAAGCGGUCUCACCGUUGAAGAUGAAGAUAACUACGACAGACUUUCCCGUGAUGGGUCACCGGACCUAAGCCGAAGUAGCGACACUUUGCCAGAUGUUACAUUUGCAUACUUGAAUCUAGCCCCUGAGGGCGUCGCAGAGAUAAAGCUAGCUAAGGAGGUUGAGGAGGUCGAGGAAGAAAGGUACGUCUGGACACCGAGACACAACCAGAAGGAGCUGGUGUUCAUUGAGGCUCCAGUGGCACUCAAGGCCAAGAAGCAAACCUCCAAGUGUAUAUCCCUUGGAUGAAACGCCCUCUAUGGGUUGAUUACUUUUGACCAAUGAGCGAGGAGGAAAGGGUUGCUGACGUCAUGAGUUCGUGUUGGCUGAUUAGCUCAAACAAAAACAAGCUAUGGUGAUGAACAAAAUGGCGCCUUUUGACAAAACAAUAAUUUCAGUGAUUGGUUCUCUGACGGCUGCGACUGCUGCGCAAAGCUUGAAAUGAAGAAUCGGAACACAUUUUGAACAGUUUACGAAGUUUCAAUGGUCUAACAGCAAUGAACCUGAACCAAACAAAGUAAAGUUAUAAAUGCAUUAAGAGUUAUUACAUUAAUAUUCAAAAUAAAAGAGAUGGUAUGUGAUGUCAUAGCAAGGAGUGGGUUACAGUUUCUCUGUUGAAUUGUAUGUACAUUGAUGUUUGUUUACAAAUUGUGUAAUCUUGUGAACUAAUUGCCUUGUUCGAAUGUUCUCGUAUGUGUUAUGGUAAUAUAGUUUAUGUGCACAUUAUUUACAGCAUUUAUUUUCGUCUUUGCAAGCUGUUCAAAAAAUUGAGUAACUCUUUGCAGAUCUUGUAUUCGACAAACUCAAGCAAUGUUUGUUCAUCAUUUGACACAGCGAUUGUUAAUAUUGAUAUAAAUAGGCCUAACAUUUAUACAACUGCUUACAACUGCUUACAAUAAACUUACACCGUUUGAAAAUAAAGGUAGUAGAAAGCUGCUGAGGUGCUGUAGUUU